AGUUGAAAUUCAACAGUUUUUUCUUUUCUCUGUAAGUUUUGGAAAUGGAAAUGGAAUUGGAACUGGAAUUGGAGAAGGGUGUCCAUAGAUGGAUAGUUAACAUUUCUGAAUGGAACCCAUCUCCCAAUUCCUUCUCUUUUGCUAUGUCCUUUCUUCCCCAACAUGAACACUUCUCCAUUACCAGGUUCUUUAAAAUGGAAGAUCGAAAACGAGCUCUUGUGAGCAGAUUGUUGCAGUAUGCACUGAUACAUCAAGUCUUGGGGAUCCCAUAUAACACAAUUGUCAUCAAGCGCACUGCUGAAGGGAAACCAUACCUGGAAUGUGACAAACCGAACUUGGAGUUGCCAAAUUUUAACUUCAAUGCAUCACAUCAUGGUGAUUUUGUGGCUAUUGCUUCUGAACCAAUAUGCCUUGUGGGAUUGGAUGUUGUUUCUCAAACCAUCCCUGAGAAAGAAUCAGUGGAAGAAUUCAUUCAGAGCUUCUCAUCAUACUUCUCAAGGCUGGAAUGGCUUAAUAUAAUCAAUGCUGGCUCUUCUCGUCAGAUUUUGAGUGAGUUUUAUAGAUAUUGGAGUGUAAAGGAAGCAUUUGUCAAAGCCAUUGGUGAUGGUGUGGGUUACAAAUUGGACACCAUCGAAUUUCAUCACAAAAACUGGGAAAACAUAGUUGUCAAGGUUGAUGGCAAAGAACUAGAAGAUUGGAGAUUUUGGCUUCUUGAAUUGGAGAAAGAUCACGUGGCAUCAAUAGCUAGGGGUCACCCUAUGUAUGCCACCAGCAGUUACAAGACAACGUUGAAUCGGACAAAGUUCAAUGACGAGGAAUACAAUUUAGGACUUCAUCUUCCUAAUGCAAGAUUCAUUUUCCGGAAGGUAGAAGACCUUUUUCCCUCCAAUGGACCAGGUAGAGUACCACCAUGUUGAUCACAAAAUUGUGUCUGUGUCGAGGGAUUAAGAAGAGGUCAAAGAAGCUAUUGUAUUGUACCAAGUGCUAGAGAUUUUCUCCGAAAGACGUGAUCCAAUUAAAAGACGAGAGCUACUCAAACUUCUAAGCUAGGAGCGGACCUAGCUUAGAAGUUUGUGAAUUCACAUGAAUCCAGUAACUUUUGCCAAAUCCAAAGUUGAGGAGUUCGCACACUUUAUUACGAGUUCUUGUACUUGGUUUAUUCAUACAUUAGAGAGAAAAUCAUAUCAAGAAUCAUCUUGAGCUCAAACAUUUAAAUGAUAUCUAGAAAAUCAUAUUUCUGUUUGGUUUAGGUA